CGAGCACCCACUUUUGUCCGAGAAAGGGGUGGGUAUAUCCCCACUUGUGUCUAUUUCCCAGAAUAAAAGGUGGGGCAACUUUUCCAAAGUCUGGACUCACAAGCUAGUCUAUGAGGCUCCUGCCACUGCUGCUGCUGCUGCCCCUGCUGGGUGCAUGUGUAGCAUACGGGUCUUCGGUCUCUACCGCCGCCGAACCAACACAAGAGGCAGAAUGGGACACGCUCGCUGGGGGAAAUGAGCGGCGGACCUACAACGGGACAGGUGGGAGCAUUUUCGAGGUUAUGGAUGGCUGCGUCUUCGCCAAAAGCACAGCGUAUGCGAUAGUGUACCGAGUCAUCGACGCCAUCAACCAGACGCGAGAGUUCGAUUGUGUGUGGCCUGAAGGGGACGACGCGUUGGAUCAGUGUGGCGUGUACCGGCAGCGGAGUACCAACAACGUGAUCCAUAUGUGCGUAGGAGCGAUGGACGGGCUGUUCGUGCUCAUUUUUGAACCGUCGCUGAGGCGGCACGUCAACCCUCGCGGCUUCUACAGCGGGCACAAGAAAGGCUUCGGCAUGAACUUCCAGGCAGUAUGCAAUGCGCGAUACAAAAUAACCGCGUGGACGAUGAACUGCCCUGGAAGCUGUAACGACCGCACAGCAUUCAAGCACUCUGGUUUCGAGAGGGUCCUGAAGACCCUGCCCAAAGGCGCCUACAUAGUCGGCGACGGUGCGUAUCCGGCGUCUGACCAAGUCCUCGUGCCGUACCCAGGGACUACCCUCACACCAAGCCAAGACUCGUACAACUUCUACCAGUCGCAGGCCAGAAUUUUCAUCGAGCAGGCGUUCGGCAACAUGGUUAAGACAUGGGGGAUACUGUGGCGACCGCUGCAGGUGAAACUCGGACGGGUCUCGUCGGUCAUGAACGCCGUGGUCCGCCUGCACAACUUCCUGCGGCGGUGGAGAGCGAAGGUCCCACAGAGCCCCUGGAGGGUCGACCAACCCCAGGAGGUACGAUUCGCCCCGGACGGGAGCCUAGAGGGCACCUACUACGACACCGUCCCUACGCGUGGAAGACCGACGACGGGCCAGAGGGUUAGCGCCCCUCGCGAGGCCAUUCGCCAGUACCUGAAGCAGUACUCGAUCGGCCGCCCGAGGUGGAACCUCCAGCGCAACUCUACGUAGGGUUAGGCAAUGCGUUCAUGGAGCUAGAAAAAAUCAUAUAUGUCGAGCCAACGAUAGGAUUGGUGUUGGCGGGGAUGGCCGUGAGCAGAGGGGUUUGGUGUACAGGGGCUGUCGUAGGUAAAGCACGCCUCUAGUGUAUGUCGUGGGCGGGGGUAGCAGUCUCCUGUUACCCAACUUCGGCAGGAUUGGUAUGUGGUACAUACGUACACGAAGACCCGAGCGAUCAUUUCCUUAAGGAGCGUUUCGUCCCCCAAAAUAAGGGGACGUGGGUAGGAAUAAUGCAUGUGUUCCAUUGGUCGUUACAUGAACGCUGAUGUCCGGCAUAUCGGUGAAAAAAAAAAAAGGA